ACCUUGACAUUCGUAGGCGACCUUCAUCAUAGUUCAAGUGUUCACCCUUCCUGCUCUUGUUCGGUUCAGUUUCAGCUUCUGAUGCAAGUUGACUCUACAAUUGAAUCAUUCAUACACUGUUGCCUGCGUGGCAGUCGGUAGAAUCAGCUCGAAAUGGAGGAUAUGAAAACUGGAAACGCUGACAUUGACGCAAAAGUUGAGGAAUGGAUGCGUUGGGAUCAGAAUGAUAAGAAUCGUGCUGAGAUCCGACAACUGGCUUUGGAGAAGAAUGUUGAUGAGUUAAAGAAACGCCUGCUUCAGAGGAUGGAGUUUGGCACAGCAGGUCUUCGGGCGAGGAUGGGAGCUGGCUACUCCAUGAUGAAUGACCUCACGAUCAUCCAAGCAACACAGGGUCUGGUGAAGUACCUUAUAGCGUCGGUUCCAGAUGCCAAGAAGAAUGGUCUGGUGGUGGGAUACGAUGCCAGACACAACAGCCAGAAAUGGAGUGAGCUGGUUGCAACCAUAUGUAUCAACGAAGGUGUGCCAGUCUACAAGUACUCUAAGAUCUGCCCUACUCCAUAUGUGCCGUAUGCUGUGGUGCACUAUGGAGCUUCAGGUGGGGUCAUGAUCACUGCCUCUCACAACCCAAAGGAAGACAAUGGCUAUAAAGUAUACUGGACAAAUGGAGCUCAGAUCAUUCCUCCGAUCGACAAGGGUAUUGCGACGUCCAUCAGAGAACAUCUUGAGCCUUUCCCCACGUCCUGGAAUACAUCCUGUGUCGCUGACAGCAAGCUGUUGAGGGAUCCCUACGAUGAGAUAUUUGAUCUGUACAACAAAGAUCUCCAUCAUCUCUGUCACUUCAGAGAUCAGAAUCUGUCCUCCAAAGUGACCUUCACCUAUACUGCCAUGCAUGGUGUGGGGUACAAGUUUACGUGCGAGUCUUUGCAGAGGUUCGGCUUUCCUCUUCCUGUACCAGUCAAAGAACAGGUGGUGCCAGAUCCUGAGUUCCCAACAGUGAAAUACCCCAACCCAGAGGAGGGCAAGGGAGCAUUGACAUUGUCAAUGCAGACGGCAGAUGCUAAUGGAAGCGUGGUAAUCCUGGCCAAUGACCCUGACGCAGACAGACUGGCAGUAGCUGAGAAACAGCCCAGUGGUGAGUGGAGGAUCUUCUCUGGAAAUGAGAUCGGGGCCCUGCUUGGGUGGUGGAGUCUCUUCGCCUUCAGGAAAAGUCACCCAGAUGUCAAAAACAAUGAUAUUUGUAUGGUGGCCAGCACAGUUUCCUCCAAGAUCCUGCAGACCAUUGCCAAGCAGGAAGGGUGUAUUUUUGAUGAAACCUUGACAGGCUUCAAGUGGAUUGCUAACAAGGCUUGUGAUAGAGAGAAUGAUGGCAAACAUGUCAUCUUUGCAUUUGAAGAGGCUAUUGGGUUCAUGUGCGGCACCAAGGUUCUGGACAAAGAUGGAGUGAGUGCAGCAGCAGUGAUGGCAGAGAUGGCAACAUUCCUGUACAACGACAACUCAACUCUGGCUAAACAGCUGGAAGAGAUAUUCAAUAAAUACGGUUAUCAUUUGUCACGAAACUCCUACUUCCUGUGCUACGACCCAGCCAUUACUGCCAAGAUGUUUCAGAAUAUCCGUAACUUCGAUGGUCCAGGAAAGUAUCCAUCAAGUUGUGGCCCUUACAAGAUCAAAUAUGUUCGAGAUCUGACAGGCAAAGGCUACGACAACAGUCAGCCAGAUAAUGUUCCAAUUCUACCCACAAGCAAGUCCUCAGAGAUGAUCACAUUCACAUUUGAAAAUGGCUGUGUGGCUACCCUGCGGACAAGCGGCACCGAACCCAAAAUCAAGUACUACACUGAGCACAAGCCAGACCCCACUAAAGGAAUGGACCGAGAAGCAGCAGAAAGGGAGUUGAACGACAUGGUCCACUGUAUCGAGACUCAUUUCUUCCAGCCGGAGGCUUUCGGACUUACUCCACGACCUACCAGCUAAAGAAUGUCAACCACUAGUCAACCAUCCAACAAGUAGUUUGCUACUCCUAUACUACAGGCACAUAUAGCUUAAAGUAACCAAUUCCAUUGCCCCAGAGUACUCCUACUGCUACAUGUAAUGCCAUACCUUAUAUUUUAUAGUUAAGAUUUAUUAAAUAAGAAUAGACAUAAAUUUGUGUUGAUAGAUAUUUCUUAUUUCUGGGCACAAAUUUUGUUUGGGUUGUUUUCGAUCUAGUUGGAAUAAACAGAUGCUAAUUCUGUCUCUGUGCAUUUACUGUUGACAGUGACGGCUUUGCUCUAGUGAUCAGAGACUUUCAACAUUAUCUAUAAGGCAUUUGAUCAAUUAUCAUUUAAAAGGUAAAGUUAUUUUCUUGUUAGAUUUUUUGGUAGCUGUAUCCUCUAUUUUCAUAGAGUUAUCAGGGUCGUGGAGUCGGUUAUCAAGGUAGGGGAGAUGGUUAAUGGGGAAGUCUGCACAAGGGGUACCUGUAGCACGCUUCUUGGGGGAGGAAUCAUAUUUCUGUUUAACUCAAGGCAGUUUGGAUUUAUAUGGCAAGCUAGUGUUAGCUGAAGCCAUGUUUUCCUGAUAUUUCAUGUGUAUUUUCAAAAGCUAUAUUUGAGUCAUGAUGGAAACUUGGAUGAUAACCUUUUGUAGUAACACAAGAUUUUGAAAUACAAAUAUGUUUAAUCAGAUAGAAGUUAGUCGCAGAUAGCUAGGCCUAUCACAUGCUUUUGAAUAUAGAGAUAUACCAUAAUUAAUUUAAUUUAAAAUAUCUCCUUUGAUAUAUGUAGAGAGUAAUGAUAGGAUUACAUUCAUAAUUUAUUGUAGAAUGAAUAUAUAAUCAUUAAUGUGAUGAACAUUUUACACUUUAACAAAAGACAAGAUGUGAAUUGUUUGUAUACUCCUCAGGGAGGUGAGAAUGAGACUAAUCCAUUGACCAGGGUAGUACGAGUAAUAAUGUCAUAGUGCCAUGAGCAUACCGACAGGCAUGGAAGUUUGCACUGUCGAAAUGUACUCAUUAUUAUUAUUAUUGUUGUUGUUGUUAUUAUUAAUAUUAAUAAUUGUAUUGUUAAAUUUUAUUUAAGCAAAAAUGAAGUAUAAACAAAUACCAUGCAUUGAAAAGUUGCUGCAUGUUUAUGAGUACAGUUCUCUAUCACUCAUCUCUCUGUGAUGGGGAUGAGUGACAACAUCAUUUACUCACUCACUCACUCACCAUGGAAGUACUGGUACAUUGUCAAGAAACAGUGUCUGAGCUUACAAGGUAUUUUGAGCUUGUUUGAGAACGUAUCAAUAAAUACCAUUGCUUAACUGUUAAUUCCUUAUUUCAUAUAAAUGUAAAUAAACAGGUUAAGUUGGAUGGCUAAGAUCAUAUACAUUUUUCUUGUGAAAUGCUUAAGCCUCGCUGAGAGCAUCUUCGAUUAUUCAGGCUAACAUAAUCUCCUUUCUAUUAUGACAACAACCCUGGACCCAUUUGCCAUCAAUGCUUUGUAUACAAGUGAUGCGGUGGUGGUGAAUGUGUCUAGGGUAUUUAUAGAAUGGUGAUUUUAUACCUUGGAUAGUCGGAAGAUGCAUUGAGAGAAGUUCCACCAUGUUGAUCUGUGACUACAGUGUGUGACCUUUAGAGGUUUUGGUUUGGUUUGUUGUUUAACGCCGCCCUCUGCAAUAUUACGGCGGUCUGUAAAUAAUCGAGUCUGGACCAGACAAUCCAGUGAUUGACAUCAUGAGCAUCGAUCCACGCAAUUGGGAUC